AUGGUGUUGGCCAGUUGCAAUGCGUUGGUAGUGCGUGUAGAAACUCUCAAAUUUGACCUGCUGUGUCAUCUCCCACCGCAAUUACAGACGUCGGAACUCUUCCAAUGGUUGUUUGGCACUGCGGUCGCAGCUUUAGCCAUCUGGUUGCUGCUCUUAGUUCAGCGCAAAUUCUUUCAACCACAAACGAAGAAGGAGCCUCCGGGACCCUGGGCGCUCCCCCUGGUCGGAACUUUGGGCAUCAGCAACACCGCUUCAUUGUUCCGAAAAUCUGUCGAGUGGGCGAACCUUUACGGUCCUAUAUUCAGAGUGCAAAUUGGGACGGCCAACGUAGUCAUACUAAACGACAUGGAACACAUCAAGAAGUUCUACUCUUCGAAAGAAGGCGUGAUCCGUCCCACGAAUGCGAUCAUCGAUGAACUGCGACACGGGGCCACCAGCGUUUCGAAUCUUAACGGAAAAGCAUGGACUCAAAACAGAAACUUCAGCCUGCGUGUAUUUGGAGAUCUGGGCUUUGGGCAUCCCUCCAUGGAAGACCAUAUUAUGGAAGAGCUUCAGGAUUUGGUCAGCCAAAUAUCAGACAACGCAGGUGGCUUCAUCAACGUCAAGGAUUACGUCAUAGCCAGUGUGGCCAACGUCAUCGCUGCUCUCCUGUUCGGACGAAGAUUCAAUUGGGGGGGCGACAAGCAUGACUUCUUAGUCAAGCACCUGAGAAAUGUCCUGGAUGGUUUCGAGUCCGGCUUGGUGGUAGAAAAUAAGCCCAACUGGCUCAGUACAAUCACGGCCAGUCUUCCCAUAAGUAAACCUGGUGUCAUGCGAAGAUCUCGAAUCCUGCUACAAGAGUUUGUCAGAGACCAAAUCAGAGAACACAAAAACACACUGCCUCAAGACUUCAAUCGAGAUUUUAUCGAUGGCUACCUAAAAAAGACGAUGGAACAACAAUCUAAAACAGAAUCUUAUUUUGACGAACGCCACCUGCUGAGAAAUAUUUCGGAAUUUCUUGUGACCGGCACGGGUCCAGCUUCCAUGAGGAUCUUCUGGAUGCUUCACAUUUGUGCCCAGAAUCCGGACUCAGUGCAGUCCAGAAUCCAGAAGGAAAUUGACGACGUCAUCGGACUUCAGAGACAGCCCAAAUGGGAGGACCGCCAGGCGAUGCCUUUCACCAUGGCCACCUUGAAAGAGACAAUGCGGUGGAAGACGUUGAGACCCAUCGGGGGCUCCAGAGGGAUACAAGAAAACACCUUCAUUGGCGACUACUUCAUACCAAAAGGCACGAUCGUUUUGUUGAAUUCGAGGACGGUGCACAGAAAUCCAGACUAUUGGAAGAAUCCCGACGAAUUCGAUCCGACGAGAUUCCUGACGAGUGACGGCACUGAACUCGUGAAGAACGAGGAAAGCUUUCUUGCGUUUGGAGCUGGCAGAAGAAAUUGCCUGGGCCAGAACUUGGGCUACGUCCAGUUGUUCCUCUACAUCACUACUCUUCUGCAGAAGUUCAGCGUUUUCCCCGAAGACGGACACCAGGCACCGGACAUCGGCUCCCUCGACACCACCACGGAUGAUCCGCGUCUUCAAAAAUUGCGCUUUGUCCUUAGGUAACGUCCGCGCCAACGAGCGAAUUCUGCGGAUGCCAGAUAUGUGCA